UCUUUGAAUCUGCUACACCUCCUGAUCAAAAUCAUCCAUGACCUGUUGGCUCUCAUCCUAACCAACUUUUAAGGAACAGCAGACAGAGUUGAACACUUUCUCCUUCUUGGAAUACUUUCUCACUUGGUUUCUAGAACACCAUUCCUACCUCCCUAGCUGCUCACCUUCUCAGUCUUCUAUCUGGUUGCACCCUGUAUACCCAAUUUCUAAACUUCAGAGUAUACACCAAUUCAAUUUGGAGUUUCUUUCCGGUCUACACUCAUUCUCUUGGUAAUCUAUUCAGUCUCAUGGUCCCUAAUUUAUAUCUCUGGCCCUUAACCCUAAACUCUGGACUUGCACACCUAACACUUGAAUAAGCAUAUCAAGAUGUACAUGUUCAAAACUGAACUCCUGGGGCACCUGGGUGGCUCAGUUGGUUAAACAUCCGACUUCAGCUCGGGUCAUGAUCUUGUGGCUCACAGCUCAGAGCUUGGAGCCUGCUUCAGAUUCUGUCUCCGCCUCUCUCUGCUCCUCCUCUGCUCAUGCUCUGUCUCUCUCUAGAAAAUAGAUAAACAUUAAAAAAAAAACAAAACAGAAAACACUGAACUCCUGAUUCUUCCCCAUCCUAACCAGGUCUUUCUUCAGUGGUCCCAUCUCAGUAAAUGGCCACUCCAUCUUGCUCCCCCCCCCCCCCAGUCUCUUAUCCACAGAGCAGCCAGAGGCAUUCUUUCCAAAACAGAAGUCAGAUCAUUUCAUUCCUCUGCUGGGAAUUUUCCAAUGAUCCCCAAUCUCACUCAAAGAAAAAGGCAAAAUCUUUACAGUGGCCUCCACAGCCCUAUAUGGUCCAUCUUGCUCCUUCAUUGCGCACCAGUUAUCUCCCCUGUGGGUUCCUCCCUUUGGCGGCACUGGCCUAGUUGCUAAUUCCUUGAACAUCCCAAAUGAGUUCCUGUCUCCAGAUCUUUGCACCUGCUUUUCUGACUUCUGGAAUGCCCGUCCUCCGAUAUCUCCGUGGGUUCGUUCCCUCACUUCCUUUCCCAUCCCCCUAUAUAAAGCGGAAUCCCACCACCUAUCUCCUUUACCUUGCUCUGUUUUUCUAUCACUUUUGACCACGGAUAACUUUAAAGGCUUGAAGUAGAAAACCAGUAGCAAAGCACCUCCUUGGAGCAGGAACAGGGGAGAGAGAUACUGGAGGGGAAAGGGGCUUUAUUUUGAUGUUGGGGUGUGGGGAGGAAGCAGGGAACUAGGGCUGAGAGUUCACGGACAGAAGAGCCUACCUUCCUUUGAAGCACCAGCAGGCGGCACUGCCUCCUUGGGCCGGGAAGGCAUCAGCCUCUGGUAGAGAAGGGGGCAAAGUUCUUUUUAGGGUAAUCCCGCAGAUUUGUUGGGGCCAACCGCUCAAAUGUUGGGGUUUUCCCUGAGAGUCCGACGCAGUCGGACUGUGGACCCUUUGGUGCCUCCGGGCGGUGGCCUGUGGUGCUACAACAGAAGGCGUGACAGGCGGAGGGUGGGCAGCACAGCUGAGCUCACCGCUGAGGGCGCAUCCAUCCCUCCUGGGCCUAUAAUUUGGGUUCCCCGGGCCUGGCCGCCCCUAUCAGCGGCUCAGCAAUAGAUGAGUCACCCGGGACCCCGGGCCAAGGCAAACAUGAGGGGGGGAGGAGGAGGAGGUUCCCGAGGCUUUGCUCUGCAUUAGCCACCGCCUCGGUUGCUCGAUCCCCCAAUCUCCCGCGGGCCCCCACUCUUCUUUUUGACCCCCGCCCUCCAGGGCUCCAGUGUUCUUCCCAGAUUGUUCUUGCUACACCCACCCUCCAUCCUCAUGAUGGGAAGGCAGCCCUCCAGUCUUCUCAUCGAAGGGAAGGAGGACCAGCUUGCUCCCACUCCCUCCCCAGAGUAAUGACAGCCCCUCACUUUCCCCCUCCUGUCAUGGCCCCAACCCCUGUCAAGGUCUCUCUGGUUCCCGCCCCUCCCCUUUCCUGGAGCUGGCUGCGUGCUUGGGGUAUUAGGCAAUGGGUGUGUACCCGCAGCCCUCUCCAGACCCCGCCUGCUCCACCACCCUCCAGCCGCCUGCGGGUCAGUGCUCAGGCCAGCCGGUCGGGCCAAGGGCACUGAGGGCCAGUUCAGGCCACCCAGUCUGCCUGCCUGUGGCCUUCUGUCCCAGAGCUGAGCUUCUGCAUGGAGAGGGAACAAGAGUAUGGACCCCUGGACAGACCAGCUUGGGGAGCCCUGGAGUCACUGAGAAGUUGAAGUCUAUGGUGGUAGUUCUGACCCUGGCCAUUCCUUGGCACCUGACUACACUACAGCCUGACAAGGGUAGAAUCAGAAGAAAAAAUCAGAAAAAAAUGUCCAAGGGGUCUCCACAAGAGAAGAGGAGCAUAGGAAACCUUGUCCCCUUCCUCCAGGGACCUGAGUGGAGUCCCAGGCUAACACGCAGGCAGAAGGACAAGGACGUUGGCAAGGAUCGCUGAAUCCAGGUGUAAGGAUGAAAGCUACUGAGAUUGCAGAUUCUGGUGGCCUCAAAAGCCACACAUGGUUUGGGUCUUGGCCUCUAAACAGGAAGAAGAGGCAGGGGCUAUAGGGCUACUUCUCCUGCUUCCCUGCCCCCGGAGGUGCAAAAGCAAAGAAAAGCAACCCUCUUCUGGUCAGAGCUGGCCAGUGUCAGGAACCAGGGCACUUUUACCUCCCCAGCCUACUCAAGACCUGGUACAUAAAGGUGGUCAGUAAAAAAUACACGGGCAGAUGAAAGUCACUGACCUCUCUCAGACCGCUCUGCCCCCUAGACAACAGUGCCCCCUGCAGCACAGGGCAGGCUCUGCAGCAGCACAGGCUGGAGGCUGGCUGCCCAGAUGAGCUGCAUGGCCACCACCAAGGAAGAGAUGACUGUGGCUGUGGGUUUCAGCCCCGUGGCUCUGCUUCCCCAGGGGGCCUGUCUCUGAGUCAACGUGCCAGCCUCGGGCGCGCGGGGCCAGUCGUGCCUUGGGCUGCGGUCUGGCAGGGGCGGGGGGCGGCUGGGAAGCCUGGGGCCCCUCUCUGGCAAAAAUAGCCCGCAGUGGUUAGAGCUGGGAGGGUGAGUCAGGCAGGAGCGCAGUGGCGCCUAACCCCUUCACUGCCACUGGAGCUCCCUAAGGUGGUUUGUCCUGGUCUGUGCACCCCAAGAUGGGACUCUUUCCCUGGCUGUCCUCAGGCUGGGCUCUGUUUGAGAUCCCAAGGCCCUCCUCAUUCCAUGUGAAGCACGUCUGAAAGCAUGGAGCGACGAUAUGGGCCACUCCAAGUACAGACUGGGGGAUCCUGGGAAGGGCAGGAGAACUCCGCAGGCAAGGAUGCCUGGAAGCCAAGGGAAGCAGAGGAGAAGGCUGAAGAUCUUUGGGGCUACCCGAGCCUCUGCUAGGACCAAACUCUGAGGCCAAGGCUGACCCCUCCCAAGGGGCAGGCUCAGAGCUCAGAGGUGGGUGGAAGCCAAGCCACCCAGAAGGGAGCUUUUCCUGCCGGCUCUGAGUGCCUUGUGGUGCGCUCUGGCUCAGGGCUCUGCACAGCAGUGUCCAGGGAGAGAAGUUGAUUCUCAGCUCCAGCUUCAUCGUGUCAAAGGCACUCUCCAGCCAUCCAGCUCUCCUUGGGGAAACUGAGGCAAAGAGAAAUGACCACGUGGGACCAGGCUCCUAUCUCCCUAGUCUGGGUCCCUGCACCCUCCUUGCGGACUUGGCUACCCAGAGCAGCGAAGAGGAGUGGCCCUACCCUGGAAGAAUGCGGCUCUGCCGAGGGGGCAGAACCCGAGGCAGUCUCCCCACGGUUUGAAAAGCCCGAGCCCAGGCGACCCAACCCUGCCGGUGGCGACCCCGCACCAGAGCAGCUGGAGGCCGUGAUCGAUCUGCCCACCGGGGCCUUCGGGCCCGGGCUUCGACAUGCCGGAGGAGCCCCGGCCGCGGCCUCCGCCCUCGGGCUUCGCGGGUCUCCUGUUCCUGGCGUUGUGCAGUCGGGCCCUCAGCAAUGAGAUUCUGGGCCUGAAGCUGCCCGGCGAGCCGCCGCUGACCGCCAACACCGUAUGCUUGACGCUGUCGGGCCUGAGCAAACGGCAGCUAGGCCUGUGCCUGCGCAGCCCCGACGUGACGGCAUCCGCGCUUCAGGGCCUGCAUAUCGCGGUCCACGAGUGUCAGCACCAGCUGCGCGACCAGCGCUGGAACUGCUCGGCGCUGGAGGGCGGCGGCCGCCUGCCGCACCACAGCGCCAUCCUCAAGCGCGGUUUCCGGGAGAGUGCUUUUUCCUUCUCCAUGCUGGCUGCAGGGGUCAUGCACGCGGUAGCCACGGCCUGCAGCCUGGGCAAGCUGGUGAGCUGCGGCUGCGGCUGGAAGGGCAGUGGUGAGCAGGAUCGGCUGAGGGCCAAACUACUGCAGCUGCAGGCACUGUCCCGGGGCAAGAGUUUCCCCCACUCCCUGCCCAGUCCUGGCCCCGGCUCAGGCCCCAGCCCUGGCCCCCAGGACACAUGGGAAUGGGGUGGCUGUAACCAUGACAUGGACUUUGGAGAGAAGUUCUCUCGGGAUUUCUUGGAUUCCAGGGAAGCUCCCCGGGACAUCCAGGCAAGAAUGCGAAUCCACAACAACAGGGUGGGGCGACAGGUGGUGACUGAAAACCUGAAGCGGAAAUGCAAGUGCCAUGGCACGUCGGGCAGUUGCCAGUUCAAGACCUGCUGGAGGGCGGCCCCAGAGUUCCGGGCAGUGGGGGCGGCGUUGAGGGAGCGGCUGGGUCGGGCCAUCUUCAUCGAUACCCACAACCGCAACUCCGGAGCCUUCCAGCCCCGCCUGCGUCCCCGUCGCCUCUCAGGAGAGCUGGUCUACUUUGAGAAGUCGCCUGACUUCUGUGAGCGAGACCCUGCCGUGGGCUCCCCGGGCACUCGGGGCCGGGCCUGCAAUAAGACCAGCCGCCUGCUGGAUGGCUGUGGCAGCCUGUGCUGUGGCCGUGGGCACAACCUGCUCCGGCAGACACGAGUCGAGCGCUGUCAUUGCCGCUUCCACUGGUGCUGCUACGUGCUGUGUGAUGAGUGCAAGGUCACAGAGUGGGUCAACGUGUGUAAGUGAGGGCCAGCCUCGCCACAGCACUGGGGAAGGGGAGGGGCACUUUUCAGCCUUUUGCUCUGAUUUCUGUCCAGGGUCAGUCCUGGCUCCUAGAAGCUCCAAGUAUCUACCUGGAAGCAGCUUGGGGGUGGUGGGGGUCAGGUAGAGUCUGUGAUGUGCAGCCUUCUCCCCCACAGUAGGAGGGCCUUGGAGGGAAAGCUGUCACCCCUCUUCUGCUCCUUAAACACCUGAAAUGAGCUAAGAUGAAAUGCACUGUAUUGCCUCCCUCUCCCCCACCCUGGGGUCCCUUUAGCUCUGGUUCCUCUUCCUUCUGGCUGGGGAGUCCCUGUAGUCUGACCACUCUUUUCCUUUGAGGGAUAGCCCCAGGCACUGUGUGGAGCCGUAAGACCUGUAUCCAGGGAGACCACUCAUUCCUACCUGCCAUUCCCAAACUCUUCUACAGUGAUCUGGGCCCACUCUUGUGGGGUAAUGGGAGAUGGUGGUAGAGAGGUUUUUCUUGGGGAAGAGACAGAGUGCUGGAGGGGGACCUCUCCCCUGAGUCCUCAGAGGGUUGUUUGUCUAGGUCCUUAGGGAAACUAUCCCUCCCCCCCGCCUUCAGAUGUUAAAGGGAAACCUCCAAAGGAAGAAUUUUACCUAAGACUCUCUGAGCCUUUUAUUCUUUCUUUAGCAGGAGGGAUGGGGAUGUAUAAUUUAUUGUACUGAGACUUGUUCUUGGUUUCUGUUUGUAACUAAAAUAAAUUAAGCUACUGGA